UCUCUCUCCCCCUCGCAGACGCUGAAAGAAAAGAAAAGAAAAGAAAAGUAAAGCCCAGUAAACACAGAAAGAGACUAUCUCUUGACUCUCUCGGGAAAGAUCCAAACCUUCUUCAAAUCAAACUCCAUAUUCUCUUCCUUCUUCAAAAUCAGGUUUCAUCAACUCUCUUCUCUCUAAUUACGUGAUAAAUAACGUAUCGCGGAGCUUCUCUUGCGCCCCUCAUGCGAUUGUUACUCCUUGUUUGUUUGCGGAGAUAGCUGCGAAUUAAGAUUACUACGAACCUUAACGGAAUCGAAACGAUGCCGUUUACUGUAUCCUCGGUUUCUCUGGGCUAGUGGGUGCGACUGAUACUCGAUUCCCUUGUGGUGAUGCUCGAACUCGUGUUCUCGUGCGUCCUUUUGGUGCUAACGCCAUGCCUUAGCUUAUCACACUCCCCCGUGACACUACCUCGCAGUUUCACCUCAGUGACGUGUCAAGACCUAAAAGGCGUUGGAUCGUUGAACACCACUUGCACACUGAACUCAAAUCACCGUUUCGAUUCCGAUACGUACGUAUACGGAACGGGGAAUCUAAUCAUACUACCACACGUCUUAGUUGAUUGCCCCAUCCAAGGAUGUACGAUCGCUUUCAACGUCUCCGGAACCAUCCACGUCACCCAAUCGGCGAGAAUCCUCGCCGGAUCUGUGAUUCUCUCCGCUGUCAAUUUAACCAUGGAGAGCAAUUCCUCUAUCCACACGACGGCGUUGUCUGGACCCCCGCCUUCUCAGACUAGCGGGACACCUGUCGGUGGAGAUGGUGCGGGUGGAGGACACGGUGGGAGAGGUGCUUCGUGUGUGAAGAGUAAUGUGUCGAGUUUUUGGGGUGGUGAUGUUUAUUCCUGGUCGAGUUUGGAUGAUCCGUGGAGCUAUGGGAGCGAAGGAGGGGCUAAGUUGAACGCAGGAGGUAAAGGUGGAGGUCGUGUUAGGAUAGUAUUGAAGGAUACGAUGCUGUUGAAUGGUUCCGUUUCUGCUGAGGGCGGUGAUGGUGGAGAGGAAGGGGGUGGAGGAUCUGGAGGAAGUAUCUGUAUUCGUGUGGUUAAGCUGAGAGGUUACGGUAAAAUAUCUGCAUCGGGUGGGAGGGGAUGGGGUGGAGGUGGUGGAGGAAGGAUCUCCCUUGACUGUUACAGCAUUCAAGAAGAUGUCAGAGUUCUUGUGCAUGGUGGUACAAGUCUCGGAUGCCCCAAAAAUGCUGGAGCAGCUGGAACGUACUUUAAUGCAGAAUUGUCGAGUUUAAGGGUUGGGAAUGAUAACAUGACUACAGAGACUGAAACUCCUUUGCUCGAUUUCCCUACGAGGCCUCCGUGGUCAAACAUCUAUGUAGAUAAUCAUGCUAAAGUUUUGGUUCCGUUGCUUUGGACCAGGAUGCAGAUCAGAGGUCAAAUCAGUCUUUAUCGGGGAAGCAGCAUUGUCUUUGGGUUAUCAAAUUUUCCAGAUUCAGAAUUUGAGCUUGUUGCAGAAGAGCUUUUAAUGAGUAACUCCGUAAUAAAGGUUUACGGUGCAUUACGACUUGUUACGAAGAUACUGCUCAUGUUGAAUUCUGUAAUUAAAAUCGAUGGCGAAGGAAACCCUGCAGUGCCUUCCUCUGUACUCGAAGUUCGCAACCUUGCAGUUCUAACGGAAAAUUCCAUCAUUACUUCUAAUGCGAACUUGGGUGUAUAUGGUCAAGGAAUGUUGAUGCUCACCGGUCCUGGAGAUGCAAUUAAAGGGCAGAGACUUUCCUUAUCUCAGUUUUACAACGUAACUGUUGGACCAGGUUCUAUACUUCAGGCACCACUUGACGACGACGAAAGCAAAAACGCGGUUACUCAUUCCCUUUGCGAGAGCAAGACAUGCCCAGUAGACUUGAUAAGUCCGCCAGAUGAUUGCCAUGUUAAUUAUACACUAUCAUUUUCCCUUCAGAUAUGUCGAGUUGAGGACAUUCUUGUGAGUGGUAUUGUUAAAGGAAGCAUAAUUCAAAUCCAUAGAGCAAGAACGGUAGUAGUUACUAAUGAAGGCCUGAUCAGUGCAUCUGAAUUUGGUUGCAGUGGUGGCCUGGGGAAAGGACUUUAUUCAAAUGGGGCUGGUAGUGGUGCCGGGCAUGGAGGGCGAGGGGGAUCGGGCAUUUUCAAUGGGAGAGUGUGCAAUGGAGGUCAUACCUACGGCGAUCCUGAUUUUCCCUGUGAGUUAGGGAGCGGAGCUGAGAGUCCAGAUAAAUCAUAUGGGAAUGUGAUUGGUGGAGGGAUGAUUGUAAUUGGCUCCAUCCACUUUCCUCUUUUGACGCUUAAUCUACGUGGAUCAUUAAGCUCUGAUGGCCAGAGCCUUGGAAAGCCAAUAACGAACGGUAACAGAUCUUUGGUCGGUGGAGUUGGUGGAGGAUCUGGUGGCACGAUUCUUCUUUUCCUUCAGAUGCUUGAACUCUCAAAGAACUCAUCUCUAUCAGUAAGAGGGGGCAGAGGUGGCCCUCUCGGGGGAGGUGGGGGUGGAGGUGGAAGACUUCAUUUUCACUGGGACAUGUUACACACUGGUGAUGAGUAUUUUCCUGUUGCAACUGUCAAGGGGUUCAUUAGUAAUAGAGGAGGCGCAGGGGACAAUGUAGGCCGUUUUGGGGAAGAGGGAACAAUGACUGGAAAAAAGUGUCCGAAGGGACUCUAUGGUACAUUUUGCUUGGAAUGCCCCAUUGGGACUUUCAAGAAUGUUGAAGGUUCUGACAAACGUCUUUGUACACCCUGCCCACCUGAGCAUCUUCCAAGCCGUGCAAAAUUUGUAUACGUACGAGGAGGAGUUAGCGAACCUUUUUGUCCCUACAAAUGUGUGUCUGACAAGUACAGAUUACCAAACUGCUAUACACCUCUGGAAGAUCUCGUCUAUACAUUUGGAGGGCCAUUUCCAUGUGCUCUUCUUCUGUGUUGUGUGGUGGUAGUCUUGGGUCUGUUGCUAAGCACGUUAAGUAUCAGAUUGCUAAGAUCAAGUUUCUAUAGUACCAGUUCCAUCGAACACCAGAGUACUCAUUGUUUACCCCAUCUCCUGUCACUCUCUGAGGUCCGAGGCGCAAAAUCUGACGUUACACAAACCCACGCUUACCGUAUGUACUUCAUGGGUCCAAACACUUUCAGGGAGCCUUGGCAUCUGCCCUGUUCUCGUCCCCAUGCAAUCAUCGAGAUGGUGUACGAGGAUGCUUUUAACAGAUUUAUCGAUGAGGUCAACUCUACUGCGGCGUAUGAUUGGUGGGAAGGGUCUGUGCACAGCAUUUUAUCAGUUCUGGCAAAUCCUUGCGCCUGGUCUUGGAAACAAUGGCGUCGCAGGAGAAAAAUUCAUCGCCUUCAAGAAUACGUAAAAACUCAAUAUGACCACUCUUGCCUCCGCUCAUGCAGGUCUAGAGCUCUAUACAAAGGCAUGAAGGUUGGAGCCACUCCGGAUCUGAUGGUUGCAUACGUAGAUUUUUUUCUCGGCGGUGACGAGAAGCGUGUAGAUAUGGUCUCUAUUAUACAGAAAAGGUUCCCAAUGUGCAUACUUUUUGGUGGAGAUGGAAGUUAUAUGUCACCCUAUAGUCUUCAUAGUGACGGACUGUUAACAAAUCUUCUUGGCCAGCACAUCCCACCAAGUGUUUGGCACCGCUUUGUUGUCGGUUUAAACGCACAGCUUAGGACUGUGAGGCAUGGAUCAAUUCGUUCAGCGUUACUUCCUGUCAUUAGGUGGGUAAACAGCCAUGGGAAUCCUCAACUCGAAUUCCACGGAGUAAGAAUUGAGCUUGGAUGGUUUCAAGCUACAGCUUCUGGAUAUUACCAACUUGGUAUCUUGGUUUUUGUUGGUGAUUUUCCUCUGAACACUGUGAACCAGUCGAUUUCAUUCAGCAGAAGUGACGACGGCGAGUCCCCUCGGAACAGCUCUGCAUGUCCCAGCAAUUCUCUUAUCGAGUUGCAACAAAACUUGAUCCAACCAGGGCAUGGGUUAUCUCGGAAGAGAAUCAAUGGAGGAAUAAACGGAGGCCUCAUCAACGAGAUCUCAAUACAAUCUCUGGAGUACAGGAAGGACUUGCUUUACCCGUUUUCUCUCUUGUUAAACAAUACACGACCCGUUGGUCGUCAGAAUACUCUUCUACGUUUGAUCUCCAUCCUUCUUCUUGCGGAUCUUUCAGUUACAAUCCUUGCAUUGCUUCAGUUCUAUUGGCUUGCUCUUGCAGCCUUUCUCGCUAUCCUCCUGAUACUCCCUCUCGCUCUGCUUUGCCCAUUCCCCGCUGGCCUUAACGCUUUAUUAAGUAAAGAAAUUAGAAGAGCUUCACUUACUCGUGUCUACGCCCUUUGGAACGCUACAUCUCUAACCAACGUCAUUGUGGCUUUCGUUUGUGGUGUCAUUCAUUCCGUAUUUUUCUAUGACAAUCCAAGUGAUAAGACAAACAUCUGGAACGCCAUAAGAGAUGAUGAUAAGUGGUGGGUAUUACCAACAAUGCUCUUGUUACUCAAGUGGAUACAAGCUCGGUUCCUUGACUGGCACGUCGCGAAUCUAGAAGUAUCAGACUUUUCUCUUCUUUGUCCCGAUCCAGAUACGUUCUGGGCAUAUGAAUCUGGAGCUUGACGAUCCAAAAUGAGUAUAAAGGAAGACGAUGAAAAGAUGGUAUCUUAUUUUCCAUGUAAAUCUGCUAAAAAGUACAAGUAGGUAGUUCUCACUUCUCAGUGUUAUCUGGAGAAGGGUUUUGCCAGACGAAACGCUAGUUUUAUAAACUAGAGAGUUUAGAUGGAGAUCAAAUUCUAAACCCUAACCGAAAGUUAAAUUUAUUAUUUGUUUGGUACGUGAAAAGUUCAGUGUAUAUUAUACGUUCAAAUGUAAGUUGGUUAAAGUUUAGGUAUAAAGGCAGAACCAUUUAAAACA